UGAUAUUUCUAAACAACGAAAUACAGGAUCAUAUUUAAUUCGAUAUGCAUGCGAAGGUCUUCUUUCAAUCGCAAUUGAUCUGGCAAAUAAUUAUGCAAAUAUUAAACUUAGCCACAAACAUCUUCAUCAACGACCAAGGCAUAUCUCUGUAUCAGAACAAGUUAAACAAUAUAUACGUGAGAAUUUAGUGUUUAGAGCAUCAGAGUUACACCGUGAAAUUAUAACUAAAAAACUUGAUGGAUUUGAAACCUUAACGGUUGAUCAGGUUUAUUUCUGGUGGGCACAUGAAGCAUCAAAAUAUUAUCGACGGCAUGAAGAUCAAUACCAAUCAGCAAAAUUGCUUUUACAUGAAAAAGGAUUUAAG